ACCACUACCAUAUCCAUUCUGUUCAGGUGAGGUGUCAGCUUCAUUUGGGGGUAGUUGCUUAAGUUAAAAUGGUGCAGAUGCAUGCUGGGAUUGUUUUGCUGUUGUUUUGCUCUGCUCAUAGUUUUCAAUUCAGAGGUCCAGCUAAGUAUGGCCCAUUUGUGCAAGACCCUGAGAGAGAGUGGGACAGACUGGCAACAAUGAUAGAUGAAGAAAUGACUGAGGACCUUGCACCUGAAACCAAAUUAUUGAAGAGUGCAACAGCGGCUGGAUCUCCAGCAAUUGUACCGUUGAACGUUAAUGCAUAUCUGGUCGUCUCAUCCUCCGAGGACCAUAAAGCGCUUUUCAAGCCAGAAUUGGGUGCCAGGCCCCUCCCUUCCCCAGUCAAGGAAUUGCUAGAGAAGACUGCCUCCACUACUCCAUCAACUGGACCCACCCCAAAAGCUUUGAUUGAAAUCCUAUGCCAUGUUGACAGAAUAUAUGUGAGAAUCAGGAGAGAGGUCUUUAAGACUACUGCUGCAUACAAAUAUUUGAAACUAGGGGCCUGUGUUGUUAACCAAGGUACCGCAGGCCAUUACUACCUUCUGUACCUUCUGGAAACUGACUGUGGAUUCAAGAAAGAGUAUGGUGCAGAUAAUCGAAGGAUCAGCAAUACACUCCUCUACAAUCCAACUGGUCCAGUUUUAAGAGAGAUGCCAUUUGCGAUUCCGCUGGUGUGUAACUAUCCCAGGUUCUUUCACUCUUAUAAAGUUGGCUUCUAUCCCACAUUACAACAAGGCACAGUUUACAAAGCACUGCAACCAAAAAGCAGUUUCACACUGACUCCUCAAGACGCAUCAGGGAAUGUAAUCACUGGAACCAGAACCUACACCUUGGGCGAACCAAUGUACUUUGAGGUCAAGAACCCUGACAGUUCAACAACUUCGGCAGCUAAGAGGGUUUACAUCAACUACUGCUUCAUGACUGCCUCCAGUAACCCGAACUCAACUCCUAAAUAUACAAUCAUACAAAACCAAGGCUGUAUGGUUGAAGGCAAGGUGAAUAAAGACUCAAAGUUCCUCCCUUGUACCUCAAUGAUGGUGCAGAAAUUCAGCGUCGGUGCCUUUAUCUUCAAGGAGAAGGUUUCCACUUACUCUUCAUCACAGCAACUCUACCUGCACUGUGAAGUCUCUUUGGGGCCACUGACUCCAUCUCAGACUUCAAAGGCUUGCAAUUAUGAUUACUCUUCCAGCAAGUGGAAAGCGCUGUUCGGUGAUGACUCUCUGUGCACCUGCUGCGACUCAACCUGCCUCACUGCAACCAAUAAAGCUUCUAGGAGUAGGAUUUCCAGUCACUCUUGGAAGGUCGACAUGAGAAAUCAGGACAGAUCUGACAAGGUUGAACCUCAGAGGAAGUUCUUGGAUGCUGAUUCUUUCAGUUUAGAGGACCCUGACAUGGUAGAGCAUCAAGACUCCCUGAUGUACUGGAAGCAUGAUGACUAAAGGAAAUGUGAAUUUAAAACAAAUAAAUUUCUUAUCUCACAUCUG